AUCAAUGUUUGAUAUAUGGACAAUGAAAAACAUAACUGUAAAUAACUAUUGUAAUACAACUAAUGUCAUAUGCAAUGAAGAUGGUGAAAUAAUAGAACUAUCAUUGAGCAAACUAGCUAUAGAAGACAUCUAUGAUAAUAGCAUAUGUAAUAUAAAGAGCCUAAAAAACCUGAAUAUGUCACAUAACAAUUUGACUAAAAUACCAUAUGAAAUAACUAAUUGUACCAAUCUAGAAGUAAUUGAUAUAAGCCAUAAUAGUAUCCAAAUUAUACCAGACUAUAUCAAUAAACUGCAACACUUAAAAUUGUUAAAUAUAUCUAAUAAUAGCAUAGGUAAAUACAAACCUAUAGAUGAGUUAAUAGAUCUACCGCAGCUUCUAUAUUUAGAUAUAUCAAAUAACAAUAUGCAGGCACCAUCAGCAAUUCUCAAAUCAUUGCCUAAUUUAAAAUAUUUAGAUAUAUCAGGUAACUUAAUGUAUGAUUCUGGUCGCAUAAUAAAUAUGGACAAUCUAGAGACACUUUUAGCAUCACGUACUGUAGGUACUAUUAUGCAUGAUAUUGAUGCACCUAAUUUAGUUAGAUAUAUAGGGGAUUAUAUGUAUGAAGGAACCAAGGGGGAGAGAGCUACUCGCCCCCUUAGGCCACUUUUUUCGAAUGUUUCUAUAAUACCUGUUAUCAAAGCGCGUAAUUUGAGAUAUAUUUCACUCAGAGGGUCAGAUCGAUUGUAUACGUCAACAGUGAGAUACAUUAUAGGUAGAAAUAAAUAUCUUGAAUAUGCGGAUUUCGGAGACUCUAAGAUUGUGGUAUCAGAACUUGCGGCGGUCAAAAAAAAAGAACCAUCCAAGCAAGGUGCUUCGUCAUAUAGAAAUGGUAAAUCCCUAAAAUACGUUGAUGUUGGUGGAAGAUUGAAUAAUUACGAUAAAGAUUAUGACGCAAGUCUCAGUUUAUUUGCACCAGACAAUAAUAUUGAAUAUAUUAAUGCAUCGAUGCAUUUUAAUAUAUUUGAAUGGGAUGAGUAUGAUAUUAAAUAUAAUCGUCUGCAAGUGCUUGAUUUACAUGGAUUUAGAUCUAGUAACAGUUUAAGUAUAAAUAAAAUACUAGAAAGCGCACCGAAUCUAGUGACAUUAGAUUUAUCUAAAUCAUCAGUAUAUGGAAAUAUAACAAACAUCAAAUUACCAACCAGUCUUAAACAUUUGGUUCUGUGUGACACUACUAGAAUAGUAGGGAGUAUAUCUGAUAGAGUGCAUGGUCGUAUGGAAUUUAUUUAUAUAGCACAGAGUAAAAUAAAGCCCUAUCAUGAGAGGACGAACUGCCAAACAGACGGACUAUGUGUGAUAUAAGAUAUAAUAAACACAUGUAGGAUGACAGAUGGUGACAAGAUGGAUA